AAAAAAUGAAUCCAACAAAAUCAAAAUCCACAAGAAACAACUUUAGCUCUCUUGUGGUUCUUGCUCUAUUCUUGCUUCAACAAAGCCUUCUCCAUAAUCUAUUUCUCGUUGAGGCUACUUCUACUAAAGUUCACAUUGUGUUCUUAGGAGAGAAGAAGCAUGAUGAUCCUGUAGCAACUAAAAAGUCUCACUAUAAGAUGCUAUCUGACUUCUUAGGGAGCAAGGAAGCUGCGAAGCAGUCUAUUCUUUACAGCUAUAGACAUGGCUUUUCCGGGAUUGCUGCAAGAUUAACAGACGCCGAGGCCAAAGCUAUAGCAAAAAUUCCUGGAGUUGUGAAGGUAAUUCCAGACUACAUUGUCAAAGCUCAUACGACUAGAAGUUGGGACUUCUUGGGAGUCCCCCACAAAUAUUCGCCACAAAGUCCUUUAUCUAACAAUCUGGGGCAAGGAACUAUUAUCGGCGUGAUUGAUUCAGGUGUAUGGCCAGAGUCUGAAAGUUUUAAGGAUGAUGGCAUGCCUCCAAUCCCAAAACGCUGGAAAGGCAUCUGCCAAACGGGCAAAGAAUUCAACAGCACAAAUUGCAACAAGAAAAUCAUUGGCGCUCGGUGGUUCGCGAAAGGAUUGCUUGAAGUCAAAGAUCUGGGCAUGGAACUCACACAGCUUCACAAAUCGCCAAGGGAUAUUCAUGGGCAUGGAACUCACACAGCUUCAACUGCCGCUGGGAAUUUUGUGAAAAAUGUAAACUAUAAAGGACUGGCAGCGGGAGUGGCGAGAGGCGGAGCGCCUCGUGCUCACUUGGCGAUCUACAAGGCCUUGUGGGCGGAAAGUGGAGGCGCUUCAUCUGAUAUUCUAAAAGCAAUCGACAAAGCCGUUUACGACGGCGUUGACAUCAUAUCCGCCUCUCUUGGCUCGCCCGUUCCUCUUCUGCCUUUCGAUAAGGAUCCAACCGCACGUGCUACUCUCUUGGCGACUGCAAAGGGUGUAACCUUUGUUGCAGCGGUCGGGAAUGACGGUCCCGUCUCGCAAACUGCUACACACGCCUUUCCUUGGACCAUAAGUGUUGCAGCCACCACAAUUGACAGAGCCUUCCCAACGGCCAUUACCCUUGGAAAUAACCGCACUUUCUGGGGCCAAGCCCUUUCUUUUGAAAAAACUAAAGAUGCUUUUGCUGACCUGAUAUCCUCAGAAUCCAUACUUCUUAUUCUUCUCAGUGAACAAAAUAGUUCUCCAACUGCAAAGUUGAGGUAUCCAAAAACAGUUACAGGAAUAUUGCCAUCCCCGAAAGUAGCGACUUUCUCAUCCAGAGGACCAAAUUCCUUGAUCCCGGAAUUUCUCAAGCCGGACGUAGCCGCCCCGGGAGUGGAUAUCUUGGCUGCACUACCAGGAGGUAAAUAUGGAUUUAUGUCAGGAACUUCAAUGGCAUGUCCACAUGUAUCAGGGAUUGUAGCUCUCAUCAAAUCAGUUCAUAAGGAUUGGUCUCCUUCUGCCAUAAAAUCAGCUCUUGUCACUACUGGUUCUCAAGUUGGAACAGAUGGAUCAAACAUAUACGUAGAGGGUCUAAAUCGUAAACUUGCAUAUCCAUUUGACAUGGGUGGUGGCCUAGUUAAUCCUGAAAAAGCAUUGGAUCCUGGUCUCAUUUACAAUGUCACUAUAGAGGAUUAUUGUCAAUUUCUCGCCUCUAUAGGUUUCCUUGAUGCAUCGAUUUCUGUUUUAACCAACGUGAGUAUAAACAAUUCCAAUCGAAAAGGCUUCUCUGCAUUGGAUUUAAACCUUCCUUCUAUAACAGUCCCAAAUCUGAGAAAUGGGGAGAAAGUAAUAGUGACAAGAACUGUGACAAACAUUGGAGAUGUAAAUUCAGUGUAUAAGGCCGUGAUCGAGGCUCCUCCAGGCAUAAAAAUAACGAUUGAACCCCAAAUUUUGAGGUUCAAUUCAACCAUUAAAAGCUUGUCGUUCAAAGUUAGCUUCUUCUCAAAUCAAAAACUGCACGGAUAUUACAAAUUUGGGAGCUUAACUUGGAGCGAUGAUAAGCAUCUUGUGAGGAGUCCCAUAGUAGUUCGUGUCAUCGCAUUUAAAUCAUUUUCUGAUCAAUAAAAUGUCACAAGUUUAUUAGUACAUUAAUAUGGGGCUGAUUUUACCGUGUGGUUUGGCUGUUUAAGGAUUGUGUUUAUCCCCCUUUAUCUUGUUUUGGACUUUGUCGUAUGU